AGUGGUUUGUUGUGUUAUAGGAAAUGAUGCCAGUGAAUGCAUAGUCCCAGCCUCAGCACAGGGCAGCCACCUUGAAGCUCUCAAACAUCACUGUUGUGAAUACAGAGAAGGAAAACCAACUGUAACGUGCUACCCAAAUAUAAGUUUUACUCAUAUUUUGAUGUUAGGAUGGAUAGCUUGCAAAAAGUUGGAGGGUACGGCCUUUAUUAUGAGGCAUCUGUGAAGGAUCAGGAAUGGAUGUAGAUAAGGAACUAGUAAUGGAAAGUGUUAAAGCUGGAGCCCCUGGAACACCAGAAAUGAGGCUGGACACUCAGGAAGAAACAAAUGAAGGUGAUGCUAAUGAAAGUUCAUUACAAGUCCUGUCCAGCAAUGUGCCUCUCCUGGCCCUAGAGUUCUUGGACACAGUCCAGGCUAAAGAGAAGGCCUUUCUCCCCAUGGUCAGCCACACGUUCCACAUGCCCACAGAGGAGUCUGGUGCUCCACAGGAGGGUGAUGACCUACCGAAGUCCUCAGCAAACACCAGCCAUCCCAAGCAGGGUGACAUCCCCAAGUCCCCAGAAGAAACCAUCCAACCCACGGAGGGUGACAUCUGCAAGUCCCCAGAAGAAACCAACCAAUCCAAGAAGGACGACCUCCCCAAGUCCUCAGAAGUCAUCAAACCCAAAGAGGGUGACAUCCCCAAGUCCUCAGCAAAACCCAUCCAGUCCAAGCUGGGCAAUAUUCCCAAGUCCUCAAUGAAGCCCAUCCAGUCCAAGGAGGAUGACAGCCCCAAGUCCCCAGAAGAAACCAUCCAGUCGAAGGAGGGUGACAUCCCCAAGUCCCUAGAAGAAGCCAUCCAGCCGAAGGAGGAUGACAGCCCCAAGUCCCCAGAAGAAAGCAUCCAGCCCAAGGAGGGUGACAUCCUCAAGUCUCCAGAAGAAGCCAUCCAGCCGAAGGAGGAUGACAGCUCCAAGUCCUCAGAAGAAGCCAUCCCACCCAAGGAGGGUGACAUCCUCAAGUCCCCAGAAGAAGCCAUCCAGCUGAAGGAUAACGACAGCCCCAAGUCCCCAGAAGAAGCCAUCCAGCCCAAGGAGGGUGACAUCCCCAAGUCCCCAGAAGAAGCCAUCCAGCCCAAGGAGGGUGACAUCCUCAAGUCCCCAGAAGAAGCCAUCCAGCCCAAGGAGGGUGACAUCCCCAAGUCCCCAGAAGAAGCCAUCCAGCCCAAGGAGGGUGACAUCCUCAAGUCCCCAGAAGAAGCCAUCCAGCCGAAGGAGGACGACAGCCCCAAGUCCCUAGAAGAAGCCAUCCAGCCCAAGGAGGGUGACAUCCCCAAGUCCCCAGAAGAAGCCAUCCAGCCCAAGGAGGGUGACAUCCCCAAGUCCCCAGAAGAAGCCAUCCAGCCCAAGGAGGGUGACAUCCUAAAGCCUGAAGAAGAUACAACGGAGUCCCUGGAGGAGGACAAGGUGAAAGUGAUCCUGAGCAAGGAAGACUUUGAGGCUUCACUGAAGGAGGCUGGGGAGAGACUGGUGGCUGUGGACUUCUCGGCCACGUGGUGUGGGCCCUGCAGGACCAUCAAACCGUUUUUCCACGCCCUGUCUAUGAAGCAUGAGGACGUGGUGUUCCUGGAGGUGGACGCUGAUGACUGUGAGGAGGUGGUGAGAGACUGCGCCAUCAUGUGCGUCCCAACCUUUCAGUUUUAUAAAAAAGAAGAAAAGGUGGAUGAGUUUUGCGGCGCCCUUAAGGAAAAACUUGAAGCAGUCAUUGCAGAAUUAAAGUAAACAUGUAUUCUGAAAA